AUGGUGGGCGGCGCCGAGGCUCGCCUGAGCCAGCUGCAGCAGCGCGAGGCGGAGUACAAGAGCCAGCUUGAUUCGCUCAAGGCGGCGGCCCUGGAGGCCAACGCCGCGGCGCUGCAGCAGGCGGCGGCGCCCGCCGCGGCGCCCGACCUGCCCGCCAAGGGCGGCGCCGGCGCGGGCGAGCUGGCCGCGCUGCGGGGCCGGCUGGAGGGCGCCAUCGCCGCCAUGCAGCAGGGACUGGUGGAGCGGGACACGGAGGUGCGCCUGCUGCUGCUGGCGGCGCUGUCGGGGGAGCACAUCUUGUACAUCGGGCCGCCUGGUACCGCCAAGAGCGAGCUGGGGCGCCGCCUCUCCCGCCUCUGCCACGGCACCUACUUCGAGCGCCUGCUCACCCGCUUCUCGGUGCCCGAGGAGCUGUUUGGGCCGCUGUCCAUGCGGGCGCUGGAGGAGGACAAGUAUGUGCGGCAGACGCGCGGCUACCUGCCUGAGGCCACCGUUGCGUUUGUGGACGAAAUCUUCAAGGCCAACUCCGCCAUCCUCAACACCCUGCUCACCCUGCUGAACGAGCGGCUGUUUGACAACGGCGCCAUCCGCGUGCACGUGCCGCUGCUCUGCCUGGUGGGCGCCUCCAACGAGCUGCCCGAGAGCGAGGAGCUGGACGCGCUGUACGACCGCUUCCUCAUCCGCCGCCAGGUGUCCCAGGUGUCGCAGGCGGGGCUGCUGGAGAUGCUGGCCAACGGCGGCGGGCGCAAGCAGGCCAUCGCGCUGCGCAGCCCCGGCGCGCAGGACAGCACGGACGGCGAGGAGGGCCUGACCCCGCUGCUGACGGCAGACGACUUUGAGGAGACGCGGGGGCGGGCGCUGGAGGCGGUGGAGGUGCCUGCCGCCGUGCUGCAGCUCAUCGCAGACCUGCGCAGCUACCUGCAGGACAAGUGCGAGCCGCCGGUGUAUGUGUCGGACCGGCGCCUGGUCAAGGCGGUGGCGCUGAUGCAGGUGGCGGCGUACACCAGCGGUCGGCAGCGCGUGGCCGAGUACGACUGCCUGCUGCUGCGCCACCUGCUGUGGCAGCGCCCCGACGAGGCCGAGCGCAUCUAUGACUGGCUGCUGAGCAACCUGGCGUCGGACGACGGGCUGCAGCAGAUGCAGUACCUGCUGUCGGGCAUGUUUGGGCGCGCCUGCAAGUCGCUGGGCGACCGCGGCGAGCUGGCAAAGGUGGCGGGGGAGGUGGGCGACCUGCGGGCCGCGCUGGUCGACAAGCUGGCAGGUGUGUACUCAACCAUGGAUGAGGGGUUCCCUGCGGUGCUGGGCAACCUGUGGCUGGGGCAGGAGGAGGCACAGGCUGUGGCGUCUGCGCUGCUGCCCAAGCUUGAGAAGACGCGGAGGGCUGUGGAGGAGCUGCUGUUUGAGGUGGUGACGCUGGAGUCCAGAGCACGGCACGCAUAG